GUGAAAAGGAGGGAACGACAGUUGAGAAAGUAAGAGAGACGUCCACGCAGAAAAUUAAGCAGAAGACAGUGGCAGCCAUUUUUCCUGACAUUGCUCUUUCUGCGGAUCGUGGUGCUAAUUGUCGUUGGUUCUGUAACGAUCUCGAGUCCGUGAAAUAGCAAGAAAUUGACGGUGCUAGACAGGAUUCUGGCAUUGUUUUGUGCACACCGAGAUAAAAACGGUGCAAGAUAACGAUAAGAUAAUUCAGACGUCAAUGGUACGGCGUGGCUCGAAGUGACGAGUGCGUGUGUAAACGAUCGCAGAAAGUAGUGGGGCUUGAUCGUAGUUGGCUGAGUGGACAGCCGAAAAGGAGGAGCUGCUGACAACGGCAAGGGUGUUCAGGAGUCGACAACGACGGUGACGGUGACGACAACGACGGCAACGAUACGACGGUGGCAACGAUCGCGAAAACGGAGCUACGGCAACUCAGCCUAGGUGGCAUUAUUUUGUGGUUUCUUCUCUAGAAACCCUCUCUGAACGAAAUUGCAAAGUGCACACAGUCACGCGCCAUCGCGUACAUCAGCGCCACGAGAUGGAGAGGCGAGCUGCUUUUGUGCUGCUGGGGAUGCUAUAUUUAGCGGGCACCCUCGUCACGGUCCAGGCAGUAACCUACAAAGGAGCAACGGUCGUGCACGAGAAUCAAUCUUGGUCGAUCGAAUGUAGCGACUUGAAGCCGGACGAUUUGAUCAGAUGGACCAGGAACGGACAAUCGCUCGAGCCGGAACUGGCAAGCGGUCAGCUGGUUGUCCAAUCGCCGAUAGGCACCAGAAGCAGCACCCUUCGAGCGAUGCACGCUACGGAUAGCCAUGACGGGGACUAUAAAUGCACUCAAGAUAGUGACGAGUCCUUCCAUCUGUGGAUAUACUUUGAUAUCAAGAUCAGAGUACUUACAUCUAAGGAUGUUCCAUUAAUGUUAGAAUGCGCGAACAAAAGUGCAGGAGAAAAGUUGCAAUGGUUCAAGGAGAACGUUCCGCUAUAUACAGCAUUAGCUGGCAAUGAAGAUUUAAUUAUGUUAAAUAAUCAAACAGGUAAUCUGGAGCUUCUAAAGAGUGCAGAUGCUUUGUACGGAAAUUACACUUGUAAAGGAACUAAUUCUUCCACUGAAUACAGGAUCGUACCAAGACCCACGGCAUAUAUGCCUGAGUCAAUCAGCGUGGUGGAAGGAGAGAAGUUGCAUUUAACAUGUGCCGGUAAACAAAGCCCUGGUAUUAAGGUAUCAUGGACAUUUGGUGACCAGAAUUAUACGCGUAGUAGUGGUCGCGUUAAACUCGGAUGGGACCACGAAAGGAGCAUCUAUGGCGCUGUCCUAAUGGUUGACAAUAUCGAGAUGAACGACCGUGGCACUGUUUACUGCAGGGUAUCCUAUAAUUUGUCUGAUACCUCGCAGUAUCACGUAGCAGAGGCCCAUACACUGCUCAGAAUCAAAGACAAGCUCGCCGCGCUCUGGCCUUUCCUAGGCAUUUGUGCGGAAGUUGUUGUUUUGUGCGCUAUCAUCCUAGUUUAUGAAAAGAAACGAAACAAGGCUGAACUCGAGGAAUCUGAUACUGAUCAAAGUCCUGACACCAAGCCGACUCCCAAUAAGGAUUCCGAUGUUAGGCAGAGAAAAUGAACGCAGGAAUAGUAAGCGGCGGAUGAACGAGAGCGAUGCAGGAUAGUGGAACAGAUGUGGGGGAUUAAUCGUGUGGCAUCUGCUGGAGUGACAAUAUAGAUAACUCUUACAAGAAAAAGAUAACGGAGUAAAGCAGAAAGAAAGCAAAGAAGCAAACAAACAAUUCCGAAAAGAGAUAAAGACAUCGUUUGAAGGGGUAACACGAGUAUAGGAAUAAGGAAA